AUGGGAUUUUCAGUGUCAGAUCGUCUCGAGUUGGUGAUUGAGAGUGCCUCGGACUUGGUGGCUGCUGAUUUGAAUGGUUAUUCGGAUCCGUUUGUAGAUAUCAUGGUGGAUAAUUGUCUGGAAAGAAGAACUCAGAUCAUUAAAAAGACUCUCAAUCCAGUUUGGAAUGAAACAUUUGUUUUUUAUUGCAUUCCUACUUCGGGGCCACUAAUAGUGAAUUUUGAAGUCUAUGAUUGGGAUAGAUUGACACCAAACGAUUUUAUUGGACGAGCAAUGCUUUCCAUUGACUCUAAUUGUACGGAAUAUAACAAAUCCUAUCCUGUAACCCUUACUUUGAAGGAUACAAAGUCUGGAACUCUCAAGGUGAGCUACAAGAUCAAAUCAGCCUCGAACGCCACUCCCAGCUCUUCGUCCAUUUCCACCAAUGUUUGUGAAAAUAACAACUUUAAAUUCCUCACCACAGAAUUUCCAGAGAGUUUUCAACCAUGCGUUCCAAAAGGUUUCAUUUUGGUGUCGUUAGAGUCCAACACUGCCAACAAGGUCUAUGCAGUUCUUGUAAAAAUAUCGACAGGAGAAGUGUUGACCAUUACGUACAAUGAUUUAUUGUCGACAUCCUUUGAUUCAGCUGCUCAAGUGUUUUUGGAUGUGUACUUGAAAGGCCUGAAAGAUGGAGCGGCCAAGAAGGGAGGCCAAUAUGAAUUAAUCUCAAGAGACGUUGAUGUCACGCACAAGAUUAAUGGAAACUUCUCUAAAGUACUCGAAUGCAGGUGCUUAAGUGCAAGCUCAUCCACUGGAAAGUUGUUGAACUGUGUGUGCUUGACGUGUGGUUAUGCAAGUGGGGUCAUGGCAAAUUAUGUGUGGAUGACUUACGAUUCUGAAUUUUCUUCUGAAAAGUAUCUUUUAUUGGUGGAGCUUGCCAAGAGAACUCGUGUCGCGAAAUAG